AGAAGAUUUUCUUACUUCUUUUUGGUUUUCUGUUAAACUGUUAAGAUUUGAGAGAGAGAGAAAAAAAAACAAAACAAUUUUUUUUUUUAAAAAAGAGAGGAGAAAACCCUAAGCGUGUUGCUCAGUGACACUGGUGUGGAUUUUCUCGCCCUUUCUGGAAUCGAAGGAGGAGCUAAGAUACUAUUCGUGCUGGGAAUCGAAUCGAAUCUAGGGUUCAUAGAGAUCUAAUCGAACGAGAGAGAAGAAGAGAAGGAGAAGGAGCCAUGUCGGAUUCUGAUAAAGAGCUCGAGAAUCAGAUUCUCGAAGCAGGAGAACAGCUUACUGAUCCACCUUCUUCGCUCGAUGAGCUUCUGCUUCUCCUCGACAAACUCUUCGUCUGGCUUAUAGAUGUUGACCAGUCACCUCACGAGUCGAUGCAAACCGCACUCUCUCCCCUGAUGAAAGCAUUAGUCGCUGGAAAACUCUUCAAGCAUUCAGAUGACGAUGUGAGAGUUGCAGUCGCUGCCUGCAUCAGUGAGAUUACAAGAAUAACUGCUCCUGAAGCUCCUUAUGAUGAUGAUCAGAUGAAGGAAGUGUUUAAGUUAAUUGUAUCUUCGUUUGAGAAUUUGCCUGACUGUUUUAGUCGCUCCUAUUCCAAAAGGAUCUCAAUCCUUGAAACUGUGGCCAAGGUCAGAUCUUGCGUUGUGAUGCUGGAUCUUGAAUGUGAUGCACUUCUUAUUGAGAUGUUCCAGAUUUUCCUCAAGGCUAUAAGGGACUUUCAUCCAGAGAACGUACUUUCAUCUAUGGAGAAAAUUAUGACACUUGUUUUAGAGGAAAGCGAGGAUUUACCUCCAAAGAUGCUUUCACCCAUUCUACAUUAUGUUAGAGAGGAUGAUGAGGUUCCCCAAGUAGCACGGGGGUUGGCAGAGCGAGUUCUCAGUAACUCUGCUAGCAAGCUCAAAAAGUAUCUGACUGAAGCAGUGAAAUUGUCGGGUGUCUCUUUAGAUAAGUAUAGUAAGAUAGUGGCUUCGAUAUGUGAAGGGACAUUCAGUGCUUUGCAGCACGACCAACUUGUUGAGAAUGAAAAAGAGGAUAGUCAAGGUCAUUUAGAAAAGGAAGCAGAAGUAGAGGAUAAACAGGAAGUAAUUGCUACACCCGAGCGAACUGAUGCACCUAAGGAUGAAUCUGGUAAGUCAGGAGUCAGCAACGGCGUUGCGCAACAGAAUGAUUCUUCUGUUGAUACUGAGUCUACAAAGAAGCAAGAUGAUACGAAUGCUAAAGACGAUAAUCCUUGCAACACUGACUUGGAUAAUACUUCUGAAGAGAAGCCUGAUGUUGAACAUCAACCUCAGGAAAAAGAUCCCAGUUCUGCCAUACAGGUGGAAUCAUCAAAAACUUCAGAUAUCAAGGAAGAGGCUGAACCUGGAGCACUCCUGGAGAGCAAGGAUGUGUUAAGUUCGCCUCCUGGUGAUUCAUCUGUUAAAGCAGCCAUUUCUUCUGAAAAUGAUAAGGAAACAAAUGUGCAGGCUUUGCCAUCUAAGACAUCAGCUGAUGAAACUGCCGAUGUUAGUUCUCCAUCUAGGGGUGAAGAUCUUGUUGAGGAAAACCGGCCUAAGGAGACUGAAAAUGAUAAGGAAACAAGUGUGCAGGCUUUGCCAUCUAAGACAUCAGCUGAUGAAACUGCCAAUGUUAGUUCUCCAUCUAGGGCUGAAGAUCUUGUUGAGGAAAGCCGGCCUAAGAAGACUGAAAAUGAUAAGGAAACAAGUGUGCAGGCUUUGCCAUCUAAGACAUCAGCUGAUGAAUCUGCCGAUGUUAGUUCUCCAUCUAGGGCUGAAGAUCUUGUUGAGGAAAACCGGCCUAAGAAGACUGAAAAUGAUAAGGAAACAAGUGUGCAGGCUUUGCCAUCUAAGACAUCAGCUGAUGAAACUGCCAAUGUUAGUUCUCCAUCUAGGGCUGAAGAUCUUGUAGAGGAAAGCCGGCCUAAGAAGACUGCAAACCAGAAGAAAAAGAAGAGCUUGACGAAGGAGGCCAAACCAUCAGCUGUUAGUGCUACUGAAGAAGCUUCCGAAGAACCAAACACUUCUGAAGUUAAAGUUACCAAAAAUUCUAGAAAGAAGGUUGCUUUUUCAAGUAAAACCAAGUCUACUGUUCCCCCGAAGAAAAGCACCUCUGAGACAAAAGCUGCAAAGCAGUCAGAGAAAAAGGUAGUUGAGAGUGAAAAUGUACAAGAAUCCUCAAAGCCAAAAGAGGAAAAGAAAAAGCCAGGACGUGGGAAAGCCAUGGAUGAGGACUCAUUAGAUACUUCUUCAGGUGAUAGCGAAAAACCAGCUGUUUCCUCUGGAAAGUCAGCCUCGAAGUCAAAGAAAGAAGUGAAGCAACCAAUAGAAGGAAGUCCUAACACAAACACAAAGAGAAAGCGAAGUCUAGGCAAAGAGAAAGCAUCUGAUCUCCAAAGCCACGGUGAAGAUUUAGUUGGGUCGAGGGUCAGAGUCUGGUGGCCUAUAGAUAAAGCGUAUUAUAAAGGUGUGGUCAAUUCAUAUGAUUCUGCUAAGAAGAAGCACCUGGUUAUCUAUGAUGAUGGAGAUCAAGAAAUCUUGAAUCUUAAGACACAGAAGUGGCAUUUUCUGGAUGAAUCAGAAACAGAGGGUGAAGAAGCUACUGAUCAGACGGGUCACGAGAAAGAAGCCUCCACAGAGCCCCAGAGAAAGAAAGCUAAGACUGUCAAGCAAUCAAAGAUGGAAUCGUCAGGGAAAAAGGGUGGUGGAGCUGGUUCCAGCAAGUCUAAAGCUGCUCCUGCUUCCAAGCCCGGUAAGAAGUCAAAGGAUGAGAAAACAGAGAGCAAACCAAAGGAUCCGAAAGAAGCUAGUAGAGAAGAAGAAGAGGAUAGCUCUGAAGAGUUGAGCGAGGAAGAGGAAACCCCCAAAACCGUUGGUAAAUUAGGAACCAGCAAGUCGAAGAAAGAGAUAUCGAAAUCUGGCACAUCCAAAGGUUCGUCCAAGAAGACUACAACUACUCCAAAAUCCAAGCCAGGAGGACCUUCGAAAUCUUCAUCAGCAAAGGGCAAAGCAGCAAAAGGCAAAGCAAACUCUACACCUGCCUCCAAGGGCGAGGAGAGCGACGCAGAGUCAGAAUCUGAAGAGACACCAAAGGCGCCAGAACCAGCAACAAAAGGGAAACCAGUGGGUUCAGGCAAGUCGCAGGCGAAGUCCGGUAAGAAGAGGAAGCGAUGAGUCUGGCCUCAGGAAAGACUUUCUCCUUAUGUAAUUCAAGGUGGAAAGCUAAGCACAAUGGCGGUGGUGUUGGUGGUUGUGGAUCGAUCGGUCUUAACGUCGUCUGGGAAUUACAACUUACAAGUGUUGUCUUUGUUUUUAAGACAAGAAGCGUAGUAGUAGUAGUAGUAGUGAGUGGUUUUUUUUUUUUUUUUUGCACUUUUAGGUUCGAUUUUCAGCGGAUUUUUCUUUAGUCGCCCAAAUAAUUUAAUCUUUGUGAAUUUAGAGAGUUGUAGAGGCCUCAAAGACAAAUUUGCCGAAUGUAUUUUACUCAAUUUUAAAAGGAUUUGUUCUAAGUUGACUAAAGACUUGAGAAAAUUAUAUUACGUA